AUGCCCUUUCCUCCCCCUCCCCCGCCUCCCCCGGGACCCCCGCCUCCCCCUACCUUCCAUGAGGCCAAUACCACCCCUCCUAAACUGAGCUCAUCAGAAGCUAAAGGCAGGGGGGCUCUGCUAUCCGACAUUCACAAGGGAGCCAGGCUGAAGAAAGUUGGUGUGAUCAACGACCGCAGCGCCCCUAUCAUUGAGAAAUCCGGGGGUGGAGGUGGUCAUGGAGGAGGAGGAGGAGGAGGAGGUCCAAUGGGAAUGGGGGGACUCUUUCAAGGAGGUGUGCCAAAGCUGCGACCAGUUGCAGAUGGUUCUUCAGGCGGCUCGGUGGGCAGGUCUGCCCUGAGGCCGCCAGGGUCAAGGCCAUCGGCUCCUCGCCCUCCAUCUGGCCGCUCGGCAUCACCGUCUCCCCCUGAGCAUCAGCGCUCCCACCGGCCCUCCCUGCCCGACAUCACGCGACCCCCCAACAGCAGUAGCGGCAGCUCCUCCUCCAGUGGUGGCAUGAAACACAGCACGUCAGCCCCGCCCCCUCCACCACCCUUUAACCGGGGCGGGCGCAGCAAUGCCCCGCCCACCCCCAACCUGAAGGUGUCAGCGCCCUCGUCCUCAGCACAGAAGCCCUUACCACCCACGCCUAAUCGAGGCGCCGCUCCUUCCAACGCCCUCAAGAAUGCCCUUUCCUCUGCCCGGAUCCCCAGUGGCGGGUCCUCCGCCCCACCCCCUCCGCCGCCCUACAGGAUGCACACGACCAACGGGCCGUCCCAUGUUGAUGGGGGCGCAGCCCCGGAGCUGCCGCAAAGGCACAACUCGCUGACCAAGAAGCAUACAGCGCAAGGGCGCAACCACGCCCCACCUCCGCCGCCAUCUUUAUCGCCCUCCCCGCAGGUUAGCCGACCGCCACCCCCUGCCAGGGAGCCACCGGGGCGCAGAGCAGCUCCCCAGGCUCCCCUUUCCAACGCCCGGAACGGCAACCGCGAUGCCCCGCCGCCGCCCCCGCCAUACCGCGGCCACAGCUCAGCCCCGUCGGAGCCCCCGGGCCGGGGUGGUAAGCCUCCGCCACCGCCCUCCAUUUCCACUUCGUCCUCAUCCUCCCGUAACCCCGCCGGACCCCCGCCGCCUCCCCCGCCCAUCCGGAACGGACACUCCUCAGUCUCCGCCUCCUCUAAGUCCAUCUUGGAUGAUUUUGAAUCCAAGUUUAACUUCCACCCCAUGGAGGACCUCCCACCUCCAGAGGAGUAUCGCCAUUUCAACAAGGUCUACCCCAGCAAGAGUGGCAAGGCCAUUUUGCGAGGAGCCCCCCCUGCACCUCCGGUGGGAAGGUGA